UGUUCGAAAUUGUGUCUGGAGUCUGCCCGAACAUUUUUUUUAAUAACUGUUCAGGCAUUCUCUUCCCACAAUUUUGGAUAACCACAAGCAUCAGUCUCGUGUGUGUGUGUCAAAAAAAAAAUUUCAGAAUUUUUUUCAGGAUGUGAGAAACUGAUCAAGUAGCGCCGCUUGGUUUUUUAAUUAUUAAUCAGCGUCGUUGCUUGAUCCGUUCUUUGCAUCCACUAUCAUCGAGUGUUGAGUGAAAAUUUUGGGAAAUUUCGAACGGCCCAACUUUGUGAUUGCUUCAAAUUACAAGAGGAAGGUCAGUAAGUCUGCUGACGCGUUUUAUUACAGUUUCGGCUUUCUUACUCGCCGUCUUCUUGCGAUCGAUUGACAACACUUAACAAAUUAAUGAAGAAAUGGGUCGCACCCUGGGGGUUCCACAGAAGAGUGACUCUUCUCGACGACGCAAGUUUGGUCGCCAGAGGCCGGCGCAAAGUCCGUCCCUGGACCAGACCAUACCAGACGGCCAUGUGCACGCCGAGUGGGACGUGGGCCACGGCGGCACCAUGGAGGUGGAGGUUCGCGAAGAGGCAUCGCCCGGAACCAAAUCCGGGGACUCCACCGCAUUGCUGGUCAACAACACGCCUGCCUACCCCAUGGCAGACGGACCGGUGGUGAUCGUCCGUGUCGAAGAGGUGCUGCUCGUGGUCCUCGUCCUUAUGAUCUGGGUGGCGGCCAUCGCCCUAUUCUUCAACCGUUGGGGCAAAAUCCGCAUGUUGGAGCCCUACCAGCCCAAGUUCCACCAACAGCCCCAUCGGCCCUCGUGUCCUUUGGCGCCCCUUAGCCCCCCGGCACCGCAAGUGAGCAACUCUCUGCCCAGGGCGCAGAAACCGACCACUCAAAGGAUGUCCUUUUCGAAAUACAACGUCAACGCCAUGACUGACCCUUUAUCAGCCCUUCCAUCGCCCAUAAUACGAAGACCGAGACAAAACUCGGUAUUUGUAGGAAGCUCGACGAUGGCCAUCCUAAACCCACCCCCUCGACGUGUCAAAUCCGCCAUCGAUAUCCAACAUAUGGUCGUGAAUGAGCACAGUCCCACAUCACUCACAGGUAGGAAAGGUUCGGUGAUUCCCAUCCUGAACCGCGACCGCCGCCCCUCAAUCACCAUCGAGCGUCCCCGCCACCGGCCCUCCAUCGCCAUCGUGGACCGUCCGCCGCCCCCUCCUCGCUACCGCCGUUCGUCGUGUUUCGUCGAGCGUCCCUCCCGCCCCCACCGCAACUUUAUCAGUUUCGAGCACCCCAUCAUCGAGCGCAAAAUGUCGAUAAACAUGCCUUCGUGCAGCUACCACCAGCCGCCCCCCAUCGUCAGUUUCGAAGCCCACGUGGAGCCCGCCAAAGUGGACUUACCGAAGAAACUACCGAAACUUUCGCGCAGUUUCGAGCAACCGCCGAAAGAACGCACGAGACCAGCCGAACGCAUGGCGAACAGUCUCGAUGUCAGUUCGGUAAGCUUCGAUCGACGGUCGAGCAUUGUCGAAGAGGACCGAUCAUCGCCGGUUUUCAUCUGUUUGGACGAGACGAGAAUCACAGCGCCGCUACUCGAAGGACUCAAAAGUUCCGAUGUGUGAUCCGAAAUAUGUAUUUUUCUAAUUGUUGGUGCUUCAGAGAUAUAUUUUUUAACACUCGAAGGCCGGAUUUUGCUAAUCCAAGGCUAGUGAGAUUGCCGGAAUUGGACGCACCCACACAUUUUGCUCAAAACACGGGAAUUUCAAAGGCAUGCCUUGUACUACAACUAUUCGAGCUAUUUUACAAUGCCAAAACUUGACGGCAUAUCUAACAUUUAUAUCAUCUCUUCUAACAUAAUCCUCGGAAGCUUGGAAAAUAAAGCAAAUAAUUUUUGGCACAAUUCCAUCCGAUUCGUACAACAAUAACACAAACAAUAUUUAACAUGUGUAUUUAUUAGAACUGUACUCUAUUUUGAUAUAUCGCUUACAUAGGACCAAAGUCGCUUUGUUUAAAUCACCCGCCGGACGUAUCAAGGGCGGGGCUUUAAGCCACGCCCCCGGUACUAUAUGUCAAAGCGGCUGUUUUAACAAACAAAGCACUAGAAAUGAAAUAUUGAUCGUAUAAUCAAAUUUUCAUAAAGCUCUACCUAUUGUGGGACCUAAGUGUAGAUUGUAUUUUAGAUAGGAUAGUGUUCGAUUUCGAUAGUCACUAGGGGGAGGGGGCGUGACCGUAUUUUAAUUGUCGCGAUUUUAUAAAAUUUUAGACCAAGUUUAGAACGUAUCCGACUUAUUCUAACUGUGUAUCAACUAACAAACAUUAUAUUAAUGUAUUUGAACAACAUUGUUAUAUAAAUUAGUUACGACUGUCUUAAAUAAAGUGCUGAUUAAAGAC